UCCUUUUACGCCGUUCAUCAUUUCCGAAUCCCCUCUGCUCCUGAGCAUUGCUCUCCUCCGAGACACAGCUCGGGACCCUAGUUUUUCUCGUAGCAGUUGUUAAACCCUACAUUUUUGCCUCUCCUUGUUCAUAAUCGACCUCUACCCUCUAACUUGGCUUAGAGUAACCCUCAAUUCAACCCUUUCGUCUCCGAUUCACUGAUUCUUUUUGCAGAGAUGGCAUUCCUUGGAAUCUAGGGUUUCUUGUAUCAACCCAGUUGUUCCCAGAACCCAAAAUUUACCAGAUCUUGAUUUCAUUCUUUAAAAUUGCAGUUAUGGCGAUCAGAGUCACCGCUAGCUUCUCCGGCUACGUUGCUCAGAGUCUUGCCUCAUCGGCCGGCUCGAGGUUCGGGAACUGCCGAUUUUUUCAGGAAUGUUGGGUUCAAUCCGAGCUUCGACGGCCAAGGAUGAGGAAUUCUUGGCACGGGCUGUCGGCCCCGAAGUACUGUCCGCUCGCCGAGGAAAUUCUCGGCGAGGGUUGCAAAAGCCCUCUUGUGUUUGGUUUGAUUUCCUUGAUGAAGUCGUCGGCGGGUGUUUCGGGAGCGAGUUCUAUGGGAGCUUUCGGAAUUUCUUCGUUUAAGGGUUCUCCUAUAGUGGAGUUUUUGCAAGGGUCGAAGCCGCUUCCUGCUGGCGAGGUUUCGGUAGCUGAGGAAGUGGAUAAAGGGGGAACAGUGUGUUAUGAGGAUGAAGAUGAUGAGAAAUAUGUGGAGAUUUCUGAGCAGUUUUCUGAGAUUUCUGAGAAGUUUGGUCGAAAGGGACUGGAGAGGAGCAAUUGGCUUGCGCGAUUGCUGAAUUUUUGUUCGGAGGACGCGAAGGCUGUUUUUACUGCUUUGACCGUGAGUGUAUUGUUUCGUUCUUUCUUGGCGGAGCCUCGAUCGAUUCCAUCUUCUUCUAUGUACCCGACCCUGGAUGUGGGUGACCGCAUACUAGCAGAGAAGGUUUCUUACAUUUUCAGAAGGCCAAACAUUUCUGAUAUUGUCAUAUUCAAGGCACCACCAAUCCUGCAGGAAGUCGGUUUUAGUUCAGGGGAUGAAUUCGUGAAAAGAGUUGUUGCAAAGGGUGGAGACUAUGUUGAGGUCCGCAAUGGCAAAUUAAUUGUGAAUGGUAUUGUUCAAGAUGAGGAUUUCAUCUUAGAACCACUUGCUUAUGAAAUGGAUCCAGUGCUUGUACCUGAAGGCUAUGUAUUUGUGAUGGGGGACAAUCGCAAUAACAGCUUUGACUCUCAUAAUUGGGGUCCGCUGCCUGUUAACAGUAUAGUCGGUAGAUCAGUGCUCCGGUAUUGGCCGCCCUCCAAAAUUUCUGAUACCAUAUACGAACCACAUGAAGGGAAGGCCGCGUUGGUGUCGUCGACCUCGACGCCGUGCCUUGACGACCACAACAUGAUCAUUCGUCUCUCCUUCUCCCUCAUCCUCCUUUAUCUCCAAACCCUAACUUCGAUCCUAUCACUCCCCACUGAUCCUCCGUCGAACGCUCCGAUCUCUCCCCAUUCGAAGACCGACAAUUCCUCUCAUUUGGUCAAGGACGUGUUGAAAUCGAUCUCGUUGAAGCAGAGUUGGAAUCUUGAGGAGGUUAGGGUUUCGAAAUUGGAUGCUAGAAAGGCUAGGUUCGGCAAUUCGCAGCGGUACGAGUUUCGGGUGCGCAUUGGAAAGAGUGACCUGCUUUUGAGAUUCUGGGAUAAGGAGAGUAGGUGGAAGAAAUUUGGUAAAAAAGGAGGCGAUUUUGGAUCGUUAGUCAGUGAAGCUGGCUCCAUGGCAUUACUCGAUACGUUCCGGAUUGAUGGUCCUUUUGAAUUAAGCGUCGACAGCGCAGACGAUGAGCUAUCGCUACUGUUACCGCGGAACUCUACUUUUACUGGUCUGAAACGAGUUCUUGUUGGUGAAGGCAUCACAAUAGAAGUAAGAAGAGCUCGAGAAGUCUCCCUGUUUCGCACAUCUGAUUUUGGUUUUCCUGUGAAUAGGAGUGUUGGUAUUAACAAUGGAAGGAGAGAAUUAUGGCCCUUCUGGAAAUCAUUGUGCUUCCCAUUACUUCCCGUAAAGAUUUUAGGAUCUGCUUCAUUAAUUGCCUACAAGAGCCGAAACCCUGAUGCCUACAUUGAAAGUAAUUUUCUGUCGAGGGUAACAAUUGAAUUGCUGGCAGAGAAGUGUUACAACACUAAACGUACCUACAAGAACCGGACUUAUCCCUUUGAUUUCUUAAGUUUGAGGAUAGCAGUACUAGAAAAACUCUUGAGGAGCUUCUUAGGUGACAGAAUCCAUCAGAAUGGGUUGCUGAGUCAUGUGAAGGCACAAAUUAAAGCAUCAACAAUUGUUCGCUUUCAGUUGGAGCUUGAAAGGGAUGUUGGGCGGAAUGACACUCUCCAUGGUACAUUAUCUGAAUGGAGAACAAGACCUAGCAUUGAGCGGGUUUGGUUUGAGGUAGUCGCAAGAAUUGAAGCUCAGAGGCUGAAGCCUUUAACCAUUAAGAAGGUACAACCUUUCAUCGCAGCUGAUUCAGCAGCAUGGAGCAAUUUAAUGUCAAAUAUUUCCUUCACAAAGUUCCCGUCAGUUCUUGUCCCUCCAGAGGCUCUUACACUGGAUGUAAAAUGGUAGGCUGUUUGUGCUGUCAUUUGUCUCCCUGUUUGAUGAUGAGCUAAUACCACCUCACAGGUUUAUGCCAUUAGUAAAAGGGCAGUCUCAUUUGUAAAUGAAAAAUCUCAAAAAGAAAGGAAAAAGAAAAAUGGUAAGAGUGGGGUAUUAUAGUGGAUACUAUGCUGUUCUUGGUUCUUUUGUACUGUGGUGUUCAUGAAAUAUUAUGAUGUUAGCACAGAUUGCUUGAAA